AUGUCUUUCUUCCUCAGUAACUUACUAGCAAAUGACUCUAGCCUGUGGAAAGAAAAUCAUAAUUCUACGGACCUUUUAAAUUCACCAGGAACUCUGAAUAUCUAUCUUUUUUGCCUGACAUUUUUGAUGGCUCUUGCAGCCCUAGCGGGCAGCAUUUUUUCACUCGUGAACCUGCUGGGAAUGCGGAACAGAACAGUCGUGUCCAUGCUCGUGGCUUCCUGGUCUGUGGAUGAUCUCCUGAGUGUCCUGUCAGUGACCAUCUUCAUGUUUUUGCAGUGGCCAAAAGAGCUCCCGGGCUACUUCCAGUCUCUGUGCACCACGUCCGCCUUGCUGUACUUAUGCCAGGGCCUCUCCAGCAACUUGAAAGCGACUCUCCUGGUCUCCUACAACUUUUACACCAUGCACCGGGCUGAGGGGAGCCCGGCGGCCUCCGGCAGACCUGGCCAGGUGCUCGGCGUGGCGCUCACGGUGUGGGCAGCCAGCCUGCUGCUCUCCGCGCUCCCGCUGUGCGGCUGGGGCGCCUUCGUGCGCACGCCCUGGGGCUGCCUGGCCGAUUGCUCCAGCUCCUACGUGCUGCUGCUCUUCUCCGUGUACGCCUCGGCCUUCGGGCUCCUGGCGGGCCUCUCGGUCCCGCUCACUCACCAGUUGCUGUGUUCGGAAGAGCCGCCGAGACUCCAUGCCAACUACCAGGAAAUUUCCCGUGGGGCUUCCACUCCUGGGACCCCUUCUGCUGCGGGGAGAGAGCUUUCGUUGUCUCCUGAGGAUGCUCCGGGUCCCGCUCUGCGCUGCGCUGGGGGAUGUUCCCGGAGUCCGGACACUGCCUUUGGACCCGGUCCGCCGGCGGCCUCAGGGGCGGGAGCCUGCAGGCGUGAGAACCGGGGGACACCGUACGGCACCCGGAGCUUCACCAGGAGCGUUGCGCAGAAGCGCUUCGCUUUGAUCUUAGCGCUGACAAAAGUCGUUCUCUGGCUGCCUUUAAUGAUCCACAUGGUGGUCAAGCACGCGGUGGGGCUUCAGAGCCUUCCUUUUGAGACACUCGGCUUUCUACUAACCCUGCUGGCCACCACUGUAACCCCGGUGUUUGUCUUGUCCAAACGUUGGACCCACUUGCCUUGUGGCUGCAUCAUCAACUGCAGGCAGAGUGCUUACUCAGUGGCAUCAGAUGGCAAAAAAACCAAGAGGAGAGGCUUUGAAUUCAAUCUGUCAUUCCAACAAAGCUAUGGGAUCUAUAAGCUAGCACGUGGGGAUUACUAUGACGAUGAUGAAAAUUCCACAUCCUGUCACCACCUGAUGAACCCUGAGUCCGCGACUGUGCUAGACUCUCAGAGAGACAACCCCAGGAUCUUCAAUGCCAUCAAAGUGCAGAUCAGCACCACACCCUCUCUGGACAGCGACAGAGUCAGCAGUUUGGAGAAAUGCAGCAGUGCUGACCUUGCAGAGGCCCAGGGAGGUUCUGACCAAGGAAAGGGGGCAUUUUCUGAGAGAUCAGGAGGUGGUGUUGACAAUGAAGAAACCACCUUCUCUGAAGGCCCAGAAAGAAGACUUUCUCAUGAAGAGAAUCAGAAGCCAGACCUCUCAGACUGGGAGUGGUGCAGAAGCAAAUCAGAGAGGACUCCUCGCCAGCGUGCUGGUGGUGGGCUCGCCAUUCCCUUGUGUGCAUUCCAGGGGACGGUGUCUCUCCAGGCACCUACGGGGAAAACCCUCUCUCUUUCUACAUACGAGGUAAGCACAGAAGGGCAAAAAAUAACCCCGGCCUCUAAGAAAAUAGAAGUCUAUCGAUCUAAAAGCGUUGGCCAUGAACCAAACUCAGAGGAGUCUCACUCCACAUUUGCGGACACCAGUGUGAAAAUACACCUCGAGGUUCUUGAAAUUUGCGACAAUGAGGAGGCCCUGGACACUGUGUCAAUCAUCAGCAACAUCAGCCAGUCCUCCACCCAAGUCAGAUCCCCGUCGCUGCGCUACUCACGGAAAGAGAACAGAUUUGUUUCAUGUGAUCUAGGGGAGUCGGCUUCCUACUCCCUUUUUUUACCCACCAGCAAUCCCGACGGAGACAUCAACAUCUCCAUUCCAGACACUGUGGAAGCUCACAGACAGAACAGCAAGAGGCAGCACCAGGAAAGGGAGGGCUACCAGGAGGAAAUCCAGCUGCUCAAUCAAGCUUACAGGAAGAGGGAGGAGGAAGGCAAGGGGACUUAG